UCAAUUCUCAGCAGGGAUUGAAUUGAAUAAAAUUCAUACUUUUGGGAAAUUAUUGAAAAAAAAAUAUGGGAAGAAAACCAUGUUGUGAUAAAGUAGGGUUGAAGAAAGGGCCAUGGACUGCUGAUGAAGAUCAGAAGCUUAUUAACUUCAUCCUCACCAAUGGCCAAUGCUGUUGGAGGGCUCUUCCUAAGCUAGCAGGAUUGUUGAGGUGUGGGAAAAGUUGCAGAUUGAGAUGGACUAAUUAUCUUAGGCCAGACCUCAAGAGGGGGCUUUUAUCUGAAUAUGAAGAGAAAAUGGUGAUUGAUCUCCAUGCUCAACUUGGCAACAGAUGGUCUAAGAUAGCAUCUCAUCUCUCUAGACGAACCGAUAACGAGAUAAAGAAUCAUUGGAAUACUCACGUAAAGAAGAAAUUAAAGAAAAUGGGCAUUGACCCUCUCACCCACAAGCCACUAAGUGAACCCCAAGAGCAAAAGAUAGACAAAAGUCCCAAGGAGCUGCCUGAAACAUCCUUGAAUUCCACAAUGGACACGAUGACGAUGAACGAUAUCAAUGGCUUUUGCACUGACGAGGUUCUGUUGAUCGAGCCGCAUGAGAUUUUGGUCCCCAGUACUAAUGCCGCCCCGUCAUCAACAUCUUCUUCCUGCUAUUCUUCGAAGCUGCUCGAAGAAUUGCAGUUCCCUGAUUUCGGCUUGUGGGAUGAUGAUGAUUUAAAUGCUUGGGAGGAUUUGCUUAGUGACAGAUCAAAACUGGCUAUUGAUGAUGAUUCAUUUUUCUCUCCCCAGAUUCAGUACUAUCCAAUGAGAAUGCCUUUUGAUCUGGAAUUCCUGCACAUUUAUAUGAUUUUUUUCACCCUCCCGAUUUUAAGGAUUUGUCUUGAUUAA